AUGAAGAUCAAGCAUUUUUUCGUGUUUUCUCUUACGGCGUUAGCCAAAAGUGUUGCCUUUGGUGCAGCUUUAGCUGGGCCCUCAGUCAAGCUUGAUUCCGGAACGUUCACGGGAACUUCGCUUGGUACUGUUUCACAGUUUUUGGGCAUUCCCUAUGCUCAGCCCCCGGUAGGAGACCUUCGCCUAAGGCUCCCAGUUGAAAACCUGCCCUAUAAUGGCACACACCUUGCGACAGCCUUCGGACCCGCAUGUCCACAACAAAACAUUGGAUUGCCUCUCCCUGCCGGUCUUCCAUCUGAGGCUAUUGACAUGAUCACCAAUUUGGGAAUCAAUGCCAUUUUCCCAUUCUCUGAAGAUUGCUUAACGAUAAAUGUGGUAACGCCAGCCACUGCGACCUCAAGAUCAAAGUUACCUGUUGUCCUUUGGAUUUAUGGAGGUGGUUUCGAGAAAGGGACAUCUUCGUUCCCUCUGUAUGACGGAAGUGUCAUCGUAGAACGCUCUAUACUGCUUGGGAUGCCUGUCGUUUACGCAAGCAUUAAUUACAGGCAAGUCGUCAUAGCUUUCAUCUACUCAGUACUUGUCACAGGCUUCGGAUUCUUGGCCAGCAAGGAAGUAAAGGCUGCUGGUGUUGGGAACCUCGGCCUUCAAGAUCAGCGUCAAGCUAUGCGAUGGCUUCAAAAAUACAUUGGGGCAUUUGGUGGUGAUCCAACCAAGGUAACCAUAUGGGGAGAGUCUGCAGGAGCCAUUUCUGUUGGUCUUCAUUUACUCGCAAACAAUGGAAACAACGAGGGGCUAUUCCGAGCCGCGGUUAUGGAAUCGGGAUCCUUCCUGGCUGUCGGUGAUAUUACUGAAGGACAGGACCUAUAUGACACAAUAGUUGCUGAAACAGGAUGCACUGGCUCAGCGGAUACUCUACAAUGCUUGCGUGAACUUCCGUUUGAUGUGUUCAAAGCUGCAAUUGACAAGUCUCCCGGAAUAUUUGACUUCCAGUCUUUGAACCUGGCCUGGCCUCCAAGAGCCGAUGGAAUUUUUCUUACUGACAACCCUCAGAGGCUGGUUCAACAGGGUAUUAUUUCAAACGUUCCAUUCAUAUCAGGUGACUGUGAUGAUGAAGGGACCCUGUUCUCACUCUCGACACUUAAUGUCACGACGGAAGCCGAGUUCCAGGAUUACGUCCAAAACACCCUCCUUAGAGGAAUAGGUGUGACGGAUGCCGAAAUUGCUCAACUAGCCACUCUCUACCCAUCGGACUUGACUCAGGGAUCGCCUUACGAUACUGGAGUGACAGAUGCACUCUCUCCUCAGUACAAGCGGCUGGCAUCUCUUCAAGGGGAUCUCACAUUCCAGGCACCUCGAAGGUUUUUACUCCAGAAUAGGGCAGCUAAACAAACGAUAUUCGCAUUCCUCAGCAAGCGAUUCAAAACUCUCCCAAUUCUCGGUGCAAUGCAUGUCACCGAUCUCCUAAAUGUUUACGGUGGAGAAGAGCUCACCAACUACCUCGUACGCUUUGUCACCACUUUGAAUCCAAACGGGUUUGGAAACGUUCUUUGGCCACAAUACACAACAAAAUCACCUCAGAUGCUAACGUUCCUGGACGGCACAAUCCCAACAACCUUGACCACAGAUGAUUUCAGACAGAGCCAGAUUGCCUUUUUGAACAACCUGACGCUUGCUCAUCCUCUAUAG